GUUCCACCUGCCUUUGCUCUAAUAAUUGAUUUUAAUGACGGUAGUGGUAGUAAUACUGUCGGACUUACAAACACUUGCCAGUCCGGCGAAUUUUAUGAUAAACGUUUAAAGAAGUGUAGAAACAAGGGAAGUUAUGUGAAUGAAACACGUACAGGCGACAAGUACAUAGAUGUUGACAGUUCUGAUGCGCCGACUUGUUCUUUAUACAUCACAGGCAGUAACAGGGCGAAGUGUGAAUUUAAAGAAAUUCAUAAGUGUGAAAAAAUAUUAAUAAGCAAAGGGAAAUUCACGUUGUACGAGAACAGAACAGUGUGCGUAGGGCUUUUUGACCAAUGGUACCAGGCGGGAGAGUACGAGAUUACUAAUGAUGGCGUCUGGGUAUGUUUGCCAAAAGCACCCACAGAAAAGUUCUCCCCGGUGAUGGGUUGGGUCUCAUUGGCGGGUUUUGGGCUGUCCUGCCUUUGUCUCCUGCUCCACCUGGCUGCCUUCCUCUUGGUGCCUCGUCUUAGGAACCUCCCAGGCAAGUCCUUGGCGUCCCUCUGCCUGUCACUUCUCACCGCCUACACCAUCUUCAUCUUCAGCACCUUCCUCGAGCCUAGAAUGACCGGAUGUUACAUCUCGGCAGUCCUUAUGUAUUACUCCUUCCUCGCUUCCUUCUGCUGGAUGAAUAUCAUGGCCUUUGACGUAUGGCUGACAUUUCGACAAGCUAAAGAUGAGCUACGAGUGUCAUCUGGGAGACAGCGAAGCAAGUUCUUAUUCUACUGUGUGUACGGCUGGCUGCUUCCCGCCCUCGCUGUGGUCGUCACAGUAACCCUUGAUAAGACCGCCCCUGCAGGUCUUCCUUCAGAGUUCCGGCCCAACUUUGGUCAAUGUUGGUGCUGGUUCGGGAAGCGUAAGGCAUUAAUGGUGUUCUUCGUUGCUCCACUAAUUGUAGUUAUGGCUCUCAAUGUUGUGUUUUUCCUUUUUACUUCAUACUCCAUCGGUACCAGCAGAGAACCGACACUUCGGAGGAACUCAAGUUCACAAAACAAGAAACAGUUUCUGCUGUAUGUGCGACUGGCCGUGUUGAUGGGCCUCUCCUGGAUCAGUGGCAUCGUGGCUGACUACCUGCAGCUGGAGGCCGUCUGGUACGUCUUCGUGGUCCUCAACACUCUGCAGGGAGUCUUUAUCUUCUUGACCUUUACCUGCAGGAGCAAAGUGUGGCGGGCGGUGAGGGAGUUCUGUUUCAAGGAAGCUAAAUCUCGUCCUGGUAAAAGUAUGACGCCACCGGGGCCAAAUCUGACGUCGGACACUUUAGACAGUUCUCGAAUAUCAAUAGACACAGAGUUAUCCAGCAUGUAACUCACCUGUCAAGGCUCUCGCGGCUGUGUGUAUGUAUCUAAGCCAGUAAAAGAUUAAAAUAUGUUUAAAAAUGUCCAAGCCAGUAAAAUAUGUUUAAAAUAACAUUGUUGAAAAUUAGUUAACGGAAGGUAGUAUAAUAAAAUUCAACAAAUUAUAGAAUGAGUGGUGAAUGUGGAAAAAGCAUUCGAGUCUCCCAGGUGAAUUAAACGUUUAUUUUCACA